AGCAUCCUGACCGGUUGCAUCACCGCCUGGUAUGGCAUCUGACCGUAAGACGCUACAGAGGGUGGUGCGUACGGCCCAGUACAUCACCGGGGCCAAGCUUCCUGCCAUCCAGGACCUACAUAAUAGGAAAACCCGUAAAAUCGUCAGACCCAAGUCAUAGACUAUUUUCUCUGCUACUGCACGGCAAGCGGUACCAGAGUGCCAAGUCUAGGACCAAAAUACUCCUUAACGGCUUCUACCCCCAAGCCAUAAGACUGCUGAACAAUUAAUCAAAUGGCCACUGGACUAUUUACAUAAAAUGUAUAAAAAAGCCUGGCAUGAUGAUACCAUGUUUAUCACUUCCUUACAUUGUUAAUGACAUGAAUAAUAACUCUGCCAGAGUGCAGUGUGGAGAUGGAUGCAGUGAGACAGUGUUUCUGCUCAGUGGUCGUGACCAGUGGAUUCAUCUUUACAAGGAGGUAAGCCUAUGUGCCUGUGUGUGUGUACAGUGAGUUUUGUAAUGUUUGGUGUGGGAGACGAGUAAACAUCUUUUCUCCAAUAGAACUCUUCCUUUCACCAAUUUGAAGAGCAGCCAGUGGAGACUCAUCCCUGAGCUGCCCAGCAAGUUAGUUUGUGUUCCCUCUGUCUGCUGUUGCCUCUCAGUUGUGUGUGUGUAUUCACUGUUCCCUCUUUCUGCAGUGUGUUGUGGCUGGAUGUGCUGAGUAUCCCCGGCGGUCGUCGUCUCUCGGCCAGCUGUCAGAACAGCUGCGUGGGCCUGGCUCUGGUGGACCAGACUGUACCUGGUCCUGUGGAAAAACAUAAUAAUCUACUUAAAGAAGACGAGUGCUGUUGCUCGUAGGAGCGUAUCAAGACUGAGGAGGGUGAGUACUUCCUGAAGGUGCUGAUCCCCAGCUAUGCGGCCGGCUCCAUAAUUGGCAAGGGUGGCCAGACCAUCGUACAGCUGCAGAAAGAGACGGGCGCCACCAUCAAGCUGUCCAAAUCCAAAGACUUCUACCCAGGAACCACAGAGCGUGUAUGUCUGAUACAGGGUACAGUCGAGGCGCUGAAUAGCGUCCACAGCUUCAUCGCGGAGAAAGUCCGUGAGAUGCCUCAGAGCGCCCAGAAAACAGAGCCAGUCAGCAUACUACAACCACAGACCACUGUCAACCCCGACCGCGUCAAACAGGCUAAAUUGAUUGUGCCCAACAGCACGGCUGGGCUGAUCAUCGGUAAGGGCGGGGCCACAGUCAAGGCGGUGAUGGAGCAGUCGGGUGCCUGGGUGCAGCUGUCCCAGAAGCCUGAAGGCAUCAACCUGCAGGAGCGUGUGGUCACCAUCAGCGGGGAACCCGAGCAGAACUGCAAAGCCGUGGAGAUCAUCGUGCAGAAGAUCCAGGAGGACCCUCAGAGCAGCAGCUGCCUCAACAUCAGCUACUCCAACAUCUCAGGCCCCGUGGCCAACUCCAACCCCACCGGUUCCCCCUACGCCAACUCAGCCGAGGUCCUCCCCAACGCAGCCGCGGCUGCCGCCACCGCCUCCAGCCUUCUGGGCCAGGCCGGCCUGGCAGGAAUGGGCGGCUUCCCGGGCACCAUGUCCAGCUUCUCUGGCAAUGACCUGCUGGCCAUCACCUCGGCCCUCAACACUCUGGCCAGCUAUGGCUACAACACCAACACCCUGGGUCUGGGCCUCAACCCCGCUGCCGCCUCUGGGGUCCUGGCCGCCGUGGCUGCUAGCGCUAACCCAGCCGCUGCUGCCGCCGCUAACCUCCUGGCCUCCUAUGCCAGCGAUGCCUCCGGCGGCUCCGGCCACCCCGCUGUCGGCCUGGGCGGCUUCUCCCUGGGCUCACUGGCUGCCGCCACAGGGGCCUCCAACGGUUACCUGAAUGCCUCAUCCCCACUGAUGGCCUCUUCCCUGCUGGCCACAGAGAAGCUGGGAGACGGGGCCAAGGACGUGGUGGAGAUUGCCGUGCCCGAGAAUCUGGUGGGCGCCAUCCUGGGGAAAGGUGGUAAAACGCUGGUGGAGUACCAGGAGCUGACAGGCGCCCGCAUUCAGAUCUCCAAAAAGGGAGAGUUCAUCCCCGGCACGCGAAACCGUAAAGUUACCAUAACAGGGUCGCCCGCGGCAACACAAGCUGCCCAGUAUCUGAUCAGCCAGCGGAUCACGUAUGAGCAGGGUGUGCGUGCCACCAACCCACAGAAAGUGGGCUAAAUGGGGAAAAAAAUGGUAAAAUAAAGGAAGGAUGGAGACAGAGAAAAUAAAAGGGAAUCGAGGGUCACGGCGAGGGGAAGAAAAUGUCCAAAUAUCCGUUCAAUAUUUCAGUAUUAAAAAGAGAAGAUCACAAAGGAGGAAGAGGUGGGGAUAAAACCAAGAUAAGUUUGUGUGAUAUGUGAUUGUGUUUUUAGGACCGAGGUCCUGAUGUUUUUAAAAAGUUGUGAGGAGUCCUUUUGAUGAUGGCGAUUAGAGUAAAGCUGAACUGGUCCACUGCCAAGCUGCAGAUCCAGGGGUGAGCACAUGAGUUCACCCCCAUUCAGAAACCUCAUAGCUGGGUUUGUUUUGGGUUUCGUUCUCUUCCGUUUCACUCUUCUAUCAUUGUGUGGGUUUUUCAGCUUCAGUUGCAGACCUCCGCUCCAGGUGAGUUGAGAGUCAGUUGAGGUUCCAGACAAGCUAAAAGAGCAGAGAUGGAUGUUUGCUCAUGCCUUUUUCCUUUGAUGUUAACCUUGCUCCAUGUGAACAAAGCAAAAAAGUCCUUGUCUACAUGAGAGAGGUUAAAUGAUGCUCACCAGAGGUCGUCCAUAACCAUUAAGCGUCCAUUUUAUUCUAAAUUCUUAACGGAUAUCACAUUGUUAAAUGACAUGCCACUGUAUGAUUCAUAUCAAAAUUAAGAUUUUAACACUUUGGUUGUUAUACUUUUUAUUUUCAUCAAUUAUUUAUUGAAAUAUGGUCUCAUUCAAACACGUAUAGAUUAUUUUAACCUGUGAAUUCGGGUUGAUAUGAAUGUAAAGACAGUAUUAUUGUUAUUUUGUUACUAACGAGGAUCACAUUUUGAGUUGCAGUGACAGAUAUGUAUAGUUUUAACCCAGAACUGCACAGUAACUAUAUAUGAGUGUAGAUCAGGGGUCAAAUGUUCAAUGUGAGAGGAUAGAUGAGACACACAGGAAUGUACACACACAUACACAGGAACACACAUAGACAAUCAUUCAUACAUGUAGACCGCCACCCACAUACACACCACUUUUGGUGCUACGAAAACAUAACUACAGAUAGGCUUAUAUCUCCUGUAUUACCUAAAUUGAAAAUCCCUUUUGAAAUGCCAAGCAUUGUCCACUCAUCUAUAGUUUACGGGAUUUAGUUCUGCCUUUAUGUGAGUAAAGUAUGACUGGAUUUCAUGCUACGAUUGUCAGUCUUAAUAUUUUACCCCAGUAAAUCAGUUGUCCUUUAGUUGCCAUGGCAAACUGUUUCUUGUACCAUCAUGGGCAGUUUAGAUCCAAAUAACGUAGUUACUGGUUUAAAACCAAUCAUUUUAUACUAUUGUCAUAAAUUGGCCCUGUACUUUGAGUUUGCCAGCCGAUAUUGCUCCUUGCGACAUACUCCGACAAUAUGUAGAAAUAUGAUUAAACCCCCAUGGGAAGGAGCAUUGUAUCCGAAAGAGAAGACGGCACUAUACACAGCUUGAGGUAUGUUACAUUACCUUUUCAAUUGAAGAAACAUCUAACCAGAAGAGUCCCCCAAGGGAACGAAGCACUACAAAGCAGUUUUGUUGAGAAAAGCAGUUUGAACCUUAUCUGUGAACAAGAAGACGAUUGCUUUAGAUUUAGGGUGGCUGGUAGUCAAGAGAGACACUAAUGAGAAAGAAAUGGAGUCACCAUGAAACACAUUUGGACUGAAACCAUUUGGAGUUUGUUGUGAACCAUUCUUCCCAAUCAGAGUAAAUACCAAUAUGGAGUCAAAACAGUUUAUGCAGUUGGUCAGUCAAACUUGUUAUCUUGCCUAAAGCAGACAUUGACACUAGCUUAUAUUGGCAGUAGUGCAUAAUGCAUUGCUGAAACAUUUAGCUGACAUUCUGUAAGGAUAAUUGCAGGGGGGGGGGGGGUAACUGUCUCCUAGAACAUUCUCAAACAAACAAAGAUUACCCUUGCUUGCUUCUGCGCUGCUAUACAUUGGUUUUCAUCCGAGUACACUGGGUCUAUUAUGACUGCACUGUGAGACACAACGAAGACACAACGCAGUGUUGCCUGUCCCUUCUUGAGCCAAGUGUUCAUAUUUUGAUGUACAUAUCCAAGAAAUAGGCCUACAGCUGACACACACGCAUUGCAUGUUCUAGAGCAAAACCAGCCGAGCAGUGAGAUAAGGAACAUCUCCACAAGAAGAGAGUCAUCAGUCAACCAUAUUGUCUUUUAUUAACCCAAAUGACUCCUAAUACAUUUAUUUUCCUGCACAGCAGUCCCUGAAUCUUAUUCUGACCCUCUUUUCCAUUUCACGCGUUUAUCCUUAUGUAACCAGAGCUCUGUGAUUGGCUUUCAGUAAUACAGGACUGGAAGGGAUAGCGGCAGAAAAUCAAAGAAAAAGCAACACUCCCUUUUUAUGAGUGAAAUGACAACGCCCCUCCUCCACCUUACCUACCUACUCAAUAGUUAUUCUAAGGAAUGUUUGCUCGAGAAAGAAGUUACCUUUACCUCAUCUUACUAUCAACUAUGUGUUGGAGCACUCCGCAUGGCAUGGCACUAGCCACGAGCCCCAUUACCUUGACUCACUGAAUACACGUUUCCCUUUCAUUGUAUUUCUGAAGGGAUGUGCUGUGACUUAUAACAGUACUCAAUGGUGCACUGGUUAUUUGAAAUGGCACUCCAGUUAAAAUAUCUGUAACUUCCACCCUUGGGGUUCAGAAACCUUCAUAUUUUAGCCCCUAACCUCACAAAAUGUUUACGUGAUUUAAAAUACAAGCACAAAUCAAGGUGAAUUUAGUAAUAUAAGCAAUGCAACUAGACUUGGUUUAGAGGACUACUCUAGAGCUGUCUGAUCUAUACAUUGUCCUCUUUUUACGUUCAUUACAUUACUUACUUCGGCAUUUCUCCCACCCUUCAUAUGGUAUUUUUAGUAUAUUUUAGAACGCUCCUAUAUCCAGAUUCCCUUCUCUCUCUCCUCCACUCUGCUCGCCCUCUCUCCUUAUUUCUGUCUACUCAUAGGCGCUGAUGUCUGGGGUUGCAGGGAGUGCCGAAGUGAUCGAUAGCAGUUAUGCACUAUAGGUCAUAAGGGUAUGCAAAUAUUUUCACAGCCCAUAGAGUUCACCAGGCAAAAUGCACAGAUAACAACUGCCUCCAAACUGUGACACCCCACAAGACCAACAAGCAACAUUGGUUCAAACUACGGUAUCAAAUUCCCUACUAAAAGAGGAACAAGUAGGAUUUAGACAGGCUUAUAUUGUAAUAUAUGACCUUUUAGGGGAACAGGAGAGGUUAUGUAUUUUUUCUACUGGAAAGCAAAAUAAGUAAGCAAAUCUUUUUUCAAUGAGCAAAUGUCUGUUGGUUGACGAAACAUAACUUAUUUUUCAGCCUUUUAAACAGGAGUUUAUUUCAAAAAAAGUUCAUGAUAGAGCGCAAGAGAAAGAUGGGAACUCGUUCGUGACCUCAUGCUGAAACAGUGACAUCCUUUAUGCAUAUCCUCUUAUCUGAAAAAUGACUAGAAAUUAAUUUCUGUGGAAUAUGUCAUGUCAACAUGAUGUAUAUGUAUGUUAUUGUAGCUAUUCUAGUUUGUAGUCCAAAUGCAGUCCAGCGUCUCGUCAAUACAAUGUGAAACUCUAUGUUAUCUUUGUGUGGAUGAUGAAGAGUGCCAACUAAGCCUGAGUAAGAUUAGCUUCGCUAUUUGUUUGUGCAUUACGAUGACUCAUCAUAUGGCGUCCAUAUUUCUGUCAUUUAGUUUGACCGUAAGAAAAAUGUAAAGAAUAUUGGAAGCAAUAUAGUAGCAUGUUGUCCUGUUUUGUGUUUUGGUUAUGUUUGUCGUAUGAACCUUUGAAAUUACUAAGAUUUUGAAUUAAUAGGUUUACAUGUACUUUUUGUAAAUUAUGAAAAUGCUGCUAUUUGAUAAGUAAAAUAUACAAAACAUUUUAGUUGAAAAGAUGUCUGGUCUGUUGAUUAGAAAGAUGCUCUAAAAGACAGGGCAUACAAUUAGGUGUAUAGAAUACUAUACAGUAUUGGUAAGAUAGUAACAGUAAUAAUAGACUCUAUAGUACAAUCUGUGCCAAACUAGACUUCUGCAGCUUUUGAAAUUGUAGAUGUGCAAUCAAAUGUUAGAUAUUAAUAACUUGUUUAGAAGUGCUGAUCAGGUGCCAAUCAAACAAUGUUUUUAAGUUAAGAAAAGAUCAUCAAAUACAUUACUUAAGAAAACAAAGGAUGGAUAACUGUUUUGUGCAUUGUUUUACCCCAUAGCUACAUAGAGUAAGAGCUAAAGAUUGUGAUUUUUAUGGAUCCAUGUUGUUUUACACUCCAUGCAUCCCCUGUGUGUUCAUUUGACCUGUGGCUUAAGCACUGCUGUUUUUCACAAAUGUCUCUAUAGGCCAGCAUGGACUUAGCAUAACAUGUUAUAAGCAUUCAUAACAUAGCCAGCCAUUAUCAGACAAAAUGUGUUUCGUGGAGUUAGGUGUUAUCUUUUUGCACGUCUUAUAUUGCAUGGUAUCAAAGUGAAAUAUGGAGGGGAAAAAAUGAAUGCAAAAAAAAUGGAGGUGUUCUCGCAACAUUCAAAGACAUAACGUUGCAUGCAAUCAGUUGUAGAGCACUUACGUUAAAACCGCCUCAUAUUUAAAAAAUGGUUUAUUGUCGUAAGUUGGGAGGGGUUCUAAUUAUUGUCAUGUUGGUCCAAAUACAACAUAUUUCAGAUCAAAUUCUCAUACAGUCCAUCUCUUUAUAUUAUUACAGAUAUGAUGAUUUUGUUUUCUUAAGGUACCAUGAGGAGUAUUACAAAUGCGAAAAAUGUUAGUCAGUGUUAUUCUUGUGUUUUGCUUUCUAGAAUACCAGGCAUGCAUUUUUUAGGAUCAGGUUAAACCUCACAAAACCUGCGUAAUAUUUUUUACGAUUUUUUAUACUACAGCUUGAAUUCCCAGAUCUAAUCUAUGAAUGUACUACCAUUUGCUCAUUAUUUCUGUUGAAUGUUUAUCAGUCUUUAAAUGUGAAUUCAAGGCUGGAAUGUCAACUACAUGUAGCGUUAACAUAUUAUGUCAAGAACCAAUUUCAGCUAUAGUCAGGUAGGCCUGACAUGGCCAUAGUCAUAAUCCAGAUAUGUUUCAACUACACUUCAGAUUCGCUGUAAACAUUAUCCUGUAUGUUUGGUGUUGCAUAAAUGCACUUUACUUUUUACAAAUUACAUCUCCUAUUAUUGGAUGUGAAACCAAGCAAACAAUGUUCAUUUUCUGCCGUUUUUGUCAUUCUUUGCUGUUGCUCUGAUGUUAUUGUUUAGUAAAAAAACAAACAAACAAACAAAAAAAUGAAACUUUUUGUGAAUGAUGAGAGGGUUUUGUGUAUCAGACUUCUCUGAAAAGGUGGCAUCCGAGUCCUCACAAUAUCGAUUCUCAUUUCCUUUUAGCAAAGAUUUGUGUUAAUCGCAAUGAGCAAAUCUCUCUUUGAAGAUAGAAUCCUUUGUUGCUACAUACAUUUUAUUUACUUAUAAAUUAAUGAUAUAUACCCAUUGAUCCUUGAAGAAUAUAACUUAUACAUGCCUCAUAAGCUUAGUUCAACUGUCGUAUCACAGCAAGAACCCCAAAUAUACGCUUGUUUUACUCCAUCUACAUUUGCUAACAAUGUAGAUGUAAACAAACGCUUUAUGACCUCAAAACAUGGUUAAAACUAAAAUGUUAAUAUCAUGUAUAGUCAGACCUUGCAUCCAUUGCUCUGUCUAUGAAUUUGAGUUGUUACAUUUCUCCAGGCCCAUCCCUCAGCUUUGUAAUUUUUUUCAAUGAAGGAUUCUAGAUUUAAAAGAGGGAGAGGGAACUUAAGAGUGGAACUGUUCCACCUUGUCAUGUUGCAUUAUGCUGCCUUGAAAUCUAGCGGUGGGAGUAUUUUUAUGAACAAAUUGGCAUUGAAAGCAUGGUAAACCUCAUACAAUGUCUCUAUGUUCGGUUAUCAGAGUCCAUGUUUGUUACGUUACAGAAUGCUAUCCCAAGGUCUCGCUGAUAUAAUAUUAGAUCAGAGACAAAUACAGCACCGGAAAAAUGUGAUCGCUUCGGUCAUACCGCUGUCAGUGUUGGUGUAUUUGACGACAACAACAUUUUAGAACCCUAUAUAACCUAAAAUGGCCUAACUAAUUUACCACAUGCAUGAUUUGAGUGUCUGUCUCAUUCUUCUGUCAUACACUGCUACUAACCCCCACCAAUGUUCUAACCUCUCCACUACUGAAUGUUUUGAGUAUCUGUCUCAUUCUUCUGUCAUACACUGCUACUAACCCCCACCAAUGUUCUAACCUCUCCACUACUGAAUGUUUUGAGUAUCUGUCUCAUUCUUCUGUCAUACACUGCUACUAACCCCCACCAAUGUUCUAACCUCUCCACUACUGAGUGAUUUGAGUGUCUUUCUCAUUCUUCUGUCAUACACUGCUACUAACCCCCACCAAUGUUCUAACCUCUCCACUACUGAAUGUUUUGAGUGUCUGUCUCAUUCUUCUGUCAUACACUGCUACUAACCCCCACCAAUGUUCUAACCUCUCCACUACUGAGUGCCAAACUAAGUCAACACCAUUCCAAACAUUUAAAAAAAAAAUAUAUAUAUAUUUUUAAAGAAUCAUCUGGAUAUUCACCCCCCCCCAAUGCUCCUCUUCGGGGGGAUUCCUUUGAACUAUCACACAGGACUAAAACAGUUCAGGCUGCUUGCCCCCGCUUCUCCUCAACUCUCUUCAUCAUCUUUUCAGCCUACAUGACAUUACGAUUAUGUGUGGUGUUGUCUGGCACCUUAUCUUUGACCCUUUUUUGACCCUCCCAUGAACUUAGUUGACCUUAUCCACCCAUUGUGUGUUUUAAUUAUUUUGACCCCAGGUUUAUUGCCAACCUUUGCUGAGACUACAACUGUAUGAAUUUUCAUUUUGUUUGUUUGUUUUCUUGUCAUCCGGAUAAUUCUGAAGGGUUGAAAGUUAACUAAAAUGUUGAUUGAAAAAAGCAUGACAAUGCCUUGCACACCUCUUUGGCUCCAUUGCAAAUAUUCUUUUGGGUUAGGUUUUUAAUUUUGUAAAACUUUUUGUUUUUCCAUUUCAAGAAAUGGACUGUCAGCAUAAGUUAAAUGUUAUUCAAUACUAAAAAGAGUUUUGUCAAUCUGAAUGACGAGUGUCUCUAUAUUAAGACAGAGAAGAUACCAUUUGAAAGUUUAGGCCUCACUUGUCCUUUGACUUAAGCAUUUGCUUGGAUGCCUUUACACAGACACAGUCUCAAUCUGAAAGACUGUCUUUCCCUGAGCCAUUUCAGUGAAGUACGGAUGGGAGUUUUUUAAUGGAGAUAUUUGCCAAUACGAGUGCCAAAUGUAAUCUCCAUUAAGCCAAAAGCCAGCCAGCCUACACACUGAAGCUGUGGUAGCACUGGGAUGGUUCACUUCCCAAUCCCAUUUCUCCCAGAAAACACUUCAUUGUUUGACAUUUGACAUGACAUGCCACUAUUUUUAUAUGCUGCCAGUCUAUUUACUGCUUUCCUCAGUGAGACAUCUCAGAAGCAGUUCCUUUUAUAACGAUACACUGUUGAUUAAUGACAACAGCAACUAUGAAAAGGGAAUGAAAGGAUUUUUAAAGUGUCAUUUUUGUGAACUUUUUUUAAUUAUUAUUAUAAAUUAUCUGAACAUCAUUCAUUAAUAGAUUUAAGGGUAAUGACUAUAUAAUGUAACUGUAGUAUUGUGUUUGUAAAAAAAAAUCUGUGAGUUGUGUUUUAUGACUCGUGGACUACCAGUGAAGUCAGCAUUUCAGUGUUAAUAUAUUGAAUUGUUUUUUAAAGAUUAUUUUUGCGACGGCAACAGCAACAAAGAGUCAUUAUAAAUGUUCAUCUUAGCAUCA